AUGAAAAUUGUCAUAUUUUUAGUUUUAUAUUUAAGCGUAAAUGCAUACAUGCUUAGAAACAGGAAGGAUUAAAUAAAAUAGCAAGUGAUCCUUGUACUAUUCUCUAUUAGAUAUUUAGCAACUUAGAGAAACUGUAAAAAACCCAUAUUCCCCAUUUUAUCACUCAUCAUAUAAUCGACUGGCAUAUUACGUGGACACAUUCGGUCCAAGAAUGUGGGGUUCAGAAAACAUGGCUGAUUCAGUUGAUGCUCUGGUUGAAGAGAUGCAACAGUAUGGAUUUGAUAGGGUAUGGAAGGAGAAUUUAGGAGAAAUCACAUCGUGGAAAAGAGGAGAGGAGAGCGUGACAUUAUAUGAUCCAAGAGAGUACCCAUAGAAAUUAAACAUGAUUGGUUUAGGAUGGACACCAGCAGGAGUUGUGAAAGCAGAAGUUGAGGUGGUUCACACUUUUGAAGAACUAAAACAUGUAGAUGUGAAGGGGAAGAUCGUUUGUUUUAAUUUUGAGUGGAAAGGAUACUCAUCUAGUGUCUAAUACAGAAUGAAUGGACCAAGGUUGGCAGAGUAGGCAGGUGCCAUAGGAACUAUUAUAAGAAGCGUUGCAAGUAUUUCGAUCUCAUCACCACAUACAGUAUGAAUAUUUAGUUUAACUUGCAGGGUAUGACAGAUUAUCAGAAUAUCAAAUAUCCAGCUGUUGCAAUCACAGUUGAAGAUGCAGAUAUGAUAGAUAGAAUGAGAUAAAGAGGGUAAAAAGUUGUAAUCGAAAUUAAAACGGGUGGAUCACAAUAUAAAACUACAAGUGAUAAUGUAUUGGCAGAAAUCAGAGGAUCGAAAUAUCCAGAUGAAAUCUUAUUAAUGGGUGGUCAUUGGGAUUCAUGGGAUGUGGGAUCUCAGACAGGUGCUAAUGAUGAUGGAGCUGGAGUUAUUGAAUGUCUAGAAGCUUUGAAACUCUUUUAAUAUUUGGGAAUUAGACCUAAGAGAACCAUCAGAUUCAUCGCUUGGAGUGGAGAAGAAAUGGGUAUGCAAAAUGAUGGUGCUUAACAUUAUGCAAAAACUCAUUCUUAAGAAAAUCAUAUUGUUGCAUUUGAAUCAGAUCUUGGAUCUACUAAACCAUAUGGAUUUGGUGUCACCGCUGGAGAAAAAUUCACGUAUUCUAAAAUGUUAGAUUAGACAACUUGUUACUUAUUUGGCCUCAGAGUAUUUGACCGAAAUUGGAGUUGAGAAGAUAUAUCCCAAUGCUGGAGGUUCAGCUGAUAGUGGAGCUUUGAGAGCUGUUACAGGAACUCCAGUUAUGAACAAUUAAAUAGUAGAUAACAAUACUCAUGAUUUCUACUUCACCUAUCAUCAUACAGCUGGAGAUUCUAUGUUGAUGAUGAAUGCUGAUGAUAUGGAUGAUAAUGUCAUUGCUUUUGCUAGUAUUAUGUAUCUGAUUGCCGAUCAUGAUGAUUCAAUACCCAAAAAUUGA